GCCUCCUCGCGCCUCUAUCUGUCAUGCAGCUUCUGCUGUAACAACAAAUGGCUACACAUGUUCAUUUGGGUUUAUUUCUUUACCCAAAGGAUGAACUAUAAAGAAGUCUUAAUGUAAGACGUAUCUGUUUUGUGGCGCUGUGUGCCGCUGCUUUUACAGUUCUUCUGAUCUGAACCUGUCUUCAAAAUGCUUCGGACAUUGUGGAACAAGCUGGGACCCUUUCACUCCACAAAAUCAGCCCCUUUUUAUUUGUUUACCUCUUCCUGUUUUAACCAUCUUCACAGAUAUGAACCUAAACACAGGUCUUUUUCCAACUCACAAACAUUGUCUCGGACUAUUUACUCACACUCAGAUCACCAACAAGGCGGUGUACACCAUACUUUUCCCUCCAUAGCUGUCUGUAACAAUUCUACUAACUUUUUAUUGAUGCAUCAUGGGAUAUUUACAAACUGUCAUAGUGAACAAAGACGAUUUUACUCUCCUGAGCUUGUAAAGACUGUUUUGAAAUCUACGAUAAAACCUGCUGUAGUCUCUGCCAAAAGAGUUCCAAAAGGACCAAGGACAAAGCAGCCAUCCAGAGCCAACCAGCCUUCACAAACAGACGACCUGGAUAUGAUGCAGUGUAUAGCAUUUGCAACAGCUGACCAAUACCACUUGCCAACACUUUGCCAUGACUUAAUUGGGAAUGGUUUUCAGGAGAUUGAUUUGCCAAGAGAUGCCUCUAAUGUCCUGGUUAUAAGCACUGACAUGGCUGCAAAACCUGAUGACAAUGCUCUCAUGUAUUUCUUCAGGGAAGGUUCAGUUGUCUUCUGGAAUGUUGAGGAUAGAACACUUAAAAGAGUGUUGCGGAUAUUGGAGCGUCAUGAGAUUCAGCCUUAUGAAGUGGCAUUAGUGCACUGGGAAAACGAAGAGAUUAACUACACUGUUGGAGAGGGAAAUACUAAAUUGGAGCGUGGCAAUUUCAUUUUAAGUGACCAGAUGGAACAACAAGAAGCUGUUUUAGAGAAAUUUGCUUUUUCAAAUGCUCUGUGCUUGUCAGUAAAGCUAGCCAUAUGGGAGGUGGCUUUGGACAAUUUUGUGGAGUCAAUUCAAUCAAUCCCGGAGACAUUGAAGUCCGGCAAAAGAGUCAAACUAUCUUCUGCAGAAGUUAUGCAAAAAAUAGGAGAACUUUUCACACUCAGACACUGUAUAAACUUGAGGUCUGACCUGCUCAUGACGCCUGACUUCUACUGGGACAGAGAAAAUUUGGAAAAGCUUUACGACAAAACCUGCCAGUUUCUCAGUAUCAACCGCAGAGUGAAUGUGGUGAAUGAAAAGCUUGAGCACUGCAGUCAGCUGACUGAUCUGAUGAGGAGCCACUUGAGUGAGAAGCACAGCUUAAGACUGGAGUGGAUGAUAGUUAUUCUCAUCACCAUAGAGGUGAUGUUUGAACUGGUACGCAUGAUUUUCUGAAAAUCAUUUGCCCAAGCGAAGAAUGCUGCAAAGUUGUGUAUGUAUAAGUAAAUAUUACUUUAAAAGUAAAUAUUUGAAAUGUUACUGUGCAUUUUGUUCAGUAUGAAAGUGCUCAAACAUAGUUUUAUUUUUUAUUUAAAAAAAAAUAUAGUCAUAAGAAAGAAAAAUAAUAUACUGGUUUUGCUGUGAUUAAAAAUAUUAUGGGUACUUGUAUUAUAUAAAAUAUUCAAGAGUAUGUCAGUGUAUUAUUUCACUUUAUGGUUGAAUCAAUUAAUCUCAUUUGGAAAUCUAUGUGAACAUAAAUUCACUUUAAUAAAGAACUGACUACUGUACCCACUACUGUCUGCUGUUAAAAAAAACUCACAAAUUCAUCCAUGUUACAGUAUAGUGGUAUUUAUUGAAAGAAAAACAUUUAAUCAAUAAACCUUUGUUGUAUGAAGU